AUCACCGACACCACCCACAUUUUAACCAAUAUGUGCAGCAAUACUGGCAGCAGCAGUGCCUGUGGUUGUGGUUGUGUAGGAAAUAGUGGUGGUGUUACCAUGUGGAGUUCUAGCUUGAAAAAGCAGCAGCCACCGCAAAAAAGGCCAAGAGUCCCUAAAAGAGGGCCUGGAGUGGCUGAACUUGAGAAGAUCUUGAGAGAGGAAGAAGUCACCACCAUAAACAGCAUCAAAGACAAGCCAAAUGGAAAGGGUGAAGGGUUUCAAUCAUCCUGUUUCAUUCCACACCAUUCAACAACUCAUUUCUCUUCACCAUCUUUGAAAUCUCAUUCACUGCCACCACCACCAACUUCCCCUGGCCCUGCAUCUAGAAAUUUGCCACCACAUGUGCCAAGAUUUGAUCGUUUAGGCAAAAUUACACCACCAACCAUGACAUCUAUCUAUGGUAAUGGUGGAUCAUCAGGAAGAAAUGUUGGUGGAUCUGGCUUGGUUUCUUCAGAGCAGGAACUGUUUCCCAGGAAUCUGAGUUCAUGCAAACCCAUGCCCAAUCUUAAUGAAGGAUUGGAUGGAAGCCAAUCAGAUUCUGGCAAUUCCCCAUCAAGGAAUGAACCAAAUCCUGUUUGGCCAUACUCUGCGAAGAGAAACAAUCACUAUCCACCUCCCGCGAUGAAUCAACUUCUACGGAAUGGUGCUCGGUCUUCUUCGGGAUCACUGCCAAUUGGACUGAACAAUCAUCUAGAGCCCCCUUCAAACCAAAGUUCAUAUUACAAAUCAUCUAGGGCACAAGAGGAACAUAUGAUGGCUGGCUUGAAGAGGUCGUCUCACUCUUCACCCUUGGAUAACUCUCUGAUUUCGCAAUCUACCUUUCAAGUUCCUCCAAGCUUCUCACACUCUAAUAAACCACACCAAUCAUCUACAAAUGGCAGUCAUGGUGCAGGUGGUUUCAAUUCCGCCGAGGGCUACAGUGAUAAGAAAUGGGGAAGCACUUUGGAGCUCAGCAAUAGAAGGUUCAAUUCUGAUAUUGUGAGGCCUGGUCAUGCAAACUUCCCACCAUUUUCUGCUCCUGAAGUUACUCCACCUCCUAUGCAUUUGUUUCAAGGUGUUCUUUCCAAAGGGAAUGUGCUCCCUUGCCAAGUUACUGAAGAUAAAAUGAUGGAGGACUCAUACCAACACCCAGAACCAGACCAUAAACCUUUCUAUGACUUCUUACAAGUGAAGGGCCCCGAGGAUGCGACAGAGACAACUCAUGGCCCAAAUCACGGAGGACGUGAAGCAGGAAGGGGUGGCAUUGAUCUCAACCUGAAGCUAUGAGUUUGGAUUUGCAUUUCCUAGAGACUGGACCUCAUAGUCACACACUACCUCAUGUGUAUCAACUGGUGUGUCACACCCAUUGUUUGCACCCCUGUUCCGAGAUAAAUUUGUU